AUGUCCUUAUGCCGUCCAACUAAGGUUUCUGAGCAGGACCUCAUCAAAGCUAACUUCCAGAAAGUCAAUACAUACAAGAAUUUCCGGUGUAGCCAGCAUAAUUUGUUUUUCGAAGUCAACAUAUAUCAGGAGAAUCCUGUAAAUAAGCAUCACUGGAGGGCAACAAUUGCGCGGCCAGCUACGGAUAUUGAUCUGCAACAGCGCUCCAACAGUGACAAGGAUGAUUUUGCCACUGUGCAAGGCAAUACCCGAGACCAGCGACUCCAGUUCAUCAAGUAUUGUCUCCAAAAGGUACUUCCAGAUAUAUGUCAGCCUUUCAUCGGUCCACUCGAGAACCUGGCAGUUUUGGAUUCGCUCAAUUCUUAUCUGGAUCUCGGCGUAAACCUUUCCAGCGCCUGGGAAGAAACCCUCAUUCCGCCAAAAAUCGUUUCAUUUGUCUUGAGUGUUGGCUGUCCCCAGAGACCAUCAUCACCAACCUUUCAGGGACAGGGCAGAAUCACCCAAACCCUCUCAAACUUAGCUUAUACGGCAGUCGAGACUCGUAUCACUGGCCCCAAAGGUUCUCGUGAUGAUUUGAUGGGAAUUUUAGAAAGUAUGAGUGAUAUAUCACGUUAG